AUGGUGGCCUUGUUCAGGAAAUCAGAGCCUCUGAGGAAUGUAACAAACAAGAUUGUAAAGAGAGCAGAGAAGACGCAGUUUCCGCUCAGCAAAGUGGAAGAGGUUGUUUACAGGCAGCAGAAGAUUAUGGAUGCCUCUCAAAUAGUAAUGGCGGAUAAAUAUUCGGAUGACAUUUUCGAAUAUUUCUCGGCUAUUGAUAAACCAUUCGUGUAUGUCAAUGAUGGAGUAUCAUGGAAGAUGAGAAGUCUAUUAGUCGACUGGAUCAUUGACAUCCACGAUAAGCUGGGGCUCUGCCAUGACACCCUCUUUCUUGCAAUCAAUCUCGUUGACAGAUUUCUUUCUAUGCGAUCUAUUCCAAGCUCGAAGCUUCAGCUUGUUGGAAUCUCUGCCUUGAUGAUAGCAUGCAAAUACGAAGAAGUUGUGUGCCCAGCUCUCCAGACAUUUGUUCUUCUAACAGAGAAGACAUUGACAGGAGAUGACGUGAGAAAAGCAGAAAAGUACAUGCUCCACACCUUAAACUACGAUCUCCAAUAUGUCUCUCCACUAAACUUUCUCAGGAAAUGCUCCAAAGCCAACAACUACGAAAUCAACAGCAGAGCAGUGGGGAAGUAUUUAUUAGAGCUCAUGACUCUCUAUGAAGAGUUCUUAAAAUUUAAGGGAUCUGUAAGAGCAGCGGCUGCAAUGUAUCUUUCGAGAAAAAUGACAUCUCAGGAUCAAUGCAAGAACCUCUUUACCAUGUAUUCUGGACAUACUAAAGAUGACAUAAAGGAAUGCUUCAAUGCCCUAGUCCGUGUCAUAAGUGAAAGCAUUCCAUUUGAAAACAUACAAAACAAAUACAACACUCCGAAGUUUCUUCAUGUGUCAUCCUUUGUUAGAGAGUAUGCAGAGAAAAACUUCAAGUAG